AUGAGACCCCUAGGACAUGUGAAAACCAAGGGGGCAUCUGAUCGGUACAACCCCGAACGGUGCUCACUUAGUGCGAAACUAACGAAAAUGAAUACAAAGCCUCAAGACAACCCAACUAGUGCAGACCCGGAGGUUACGAACGAUGUCGUAGCUGCAGUCAAUUCAGCUGUUGCUCAACCAGUCGUCCAAGAUGACGAGCAAGGCAGUGGUAUCAGUGAAGAAAUCAAGGCAAUAGAUGAUAGAUCAGGAGUAAAUA